GCGGCGGGGCCGCGGAGGCCGCAGGUGGGACCGGGGGCAUCCGAGAGGGCCCGGGGGCAUCCGAGAGGGCCCGGGGAGCGUCGGGAGGGGCCGGGAAGGAUGCAGCGGUGGCCAGUGCUGCUCUUCCUGGCCUGGGUCUGCUUCCUCUUUUUUGCCGGUAUCGGGCUCUUCAUGAGCGGUUUCCUGCUCACCCGGAUUGAGCUUGCCAGCAGCAGUUCCUGCUCAGACCCGCUCGUGCCACCAGCCUGGGAGAGGCAGAGCCUCCCGCCGGGCUCCUGUUGGGCACCCCAGCGCUUUUCCAAGGCCGUGCUUGUCAUCAUCGAUGCCCUCCGGUUUGAGUUUGCCCGCUUUAACCCAGCCAAGGCCAGGCCGCUGCCCUACGAGAACAAGCUGAGUUUCCUGCACCACCUCACAACCUCCCAGCCCCGCCAUGCCCGCCUCUACCGCUUCCGAGCUGAUCCCCCCACAGCCACCAUGCAGCGCAUCAAGGGCCUCACCACUGGCUCACUGCCCACUUUCAUCGAUGUGGGCAGCAACUUUGCCACCUAUGCGAUCCAGGAGGACAACCUGCUGGCGCAGCUGGUGCAGAACGGAAGGAGAGUGGUCUUCAUGGGUGAUGACACGUGGGAAGGACUCUUCCCGAAGAAGUUUUUCCGCUCGUAUUUCUUCCCUUCUUUUAAUGUGAAGGAUCUUCACACCGUGGACAAUGGGAUCCUGCAGCAUCUUUACCCAACUGUGGACAGUGGUGAUUGGGACAUGCUGAUUGCUCACUUCCUCGGCGUGGACCACUGUGGGCACAAACAUGGACCUGACCAUCCUGAAAUGGCUAAGAAGCUCACCCAGAUGAAUGAUAUGCUCAGGUCCUUGGUGGAUCACCUGGGGAAUGACACUCUUCUUCUGGUGGCUGGGGACCAUGGCAUGACAGAGACCGGGGACCAUGGUGGUGACAGUGAGAAGGAAGUGAAUGCAGCGCUGUUUGUGUACAGCAAAACACCCCUCUUUGGCACUGGCCCUCCAGAGGAGCCUGAGGCCGUUCCCCAGGUGAACCUGGUGCCCACCGUGGCCCUGCUGCUGGGUGUGCCCAUCCCCUACAGUAACAUCGGCGAGGUGAUGGCUGAGCUGUUCUCUGGGGAUGGCGACGCUGUGUCUGCAGCCUUGCAACAGCUCUCGGUCUAUCACAUCAAUGCCAAGCAGGUGGACCGCUUCCUGCACUCAUACUCGCUGGUGGCUCAGGACCUGCCAGCAGAGCAGCUCCAGCGCCUGCAGGAGCUCUUCUCCAGCGCCGUGGAGGAGCACACUCAGCUCUUGUCCCAGGUGCAGGGAGCGACGCUGUUGCCUCCAGAGCUGGAGUCCAGACUGGGAAGCCUCAUCGGUCGCUUCCAGCUCUACCUGCGGGAGGCACGGGCUGUGUGCACCCAGUCCUGGGCCCGGUUCCAUCCCCUGCGUAUGGUGGGGGGCUGCAUCCUCAUUGCUGCUUCCUGCUUGCUCUGCUAUGUGGCCUCAGAGCUGGCCGCAGCGUCGGACUCUUUCUAUCGCAGCUGCCUCCUGUAUCCUCUGCUUUGGGGCCUUAUGGUGGCUGUUCUGCUCGGGCUGGCCCGUGUGUUCACCCAGGAGGGGCUGGAUCUCCUUCUGGUGUCAUCAUGGGCAGCUGCAGCUUCUCAGCUGGGUUUUUUCUGGCACUGGUGGGGCCGGCAUCCCAAGCGAACCCGUUUGGUGGGCAGUCAGCCACCCUUGGCCAGCGUUAGUCUGAGGCAGAGGCUGCGAGCGUGGCUGGGGCUGGCCUUCCCCAUGAGCAUUCUGCUCUUCCGCUGUGGAGCUAUGUUCUCUGAUAGCUUUGUGGUGGCUGAGGCCCGGGUGGCCCCGUUCCUGCUGGCCUCACUGGUGUUGUUGCUAGUAGGGAAGCUCCACUGGGACGGUCGCCUGACUGUGCCAGAAGGCCCCAAGCAGCAGCUCCUUGGCUUUUCUUCUUACAGAAGAGAGAUCUGGUACCUGCUGUGCCUUGUGGCCAUGCUCCUCAUCUGCGUGCGCCUCUCCGGUUUCUUCCACCAGUGCCGUGAAGAAAUCCCUCAGUGCCGGCCCUCUCUUUUCCUGUCCCCCCUUGCCAGCCUGAGAAACACACGGGCCAAGAACCUCUUCUACCUCCUUUGUGUGGCUUUGCUGGCUGGGCUGGUCUACGCAGUACGGAGCUGGCUGCGACACUACGGCAACCUGAACAGCUCAGACCCCCUUGUGCUCUUUGUGCGCUGGGGUUUCCCACUGGUGGUCCUCUGCAUUGCCUGCUACUGGGCCGUUGCCUCCAGUGCUGACGACUCUCUCGGCAAGCUGCAGGAGCUGGUGCAGGUGGCAGUUGUUGCCUUUCCAUGGGCUGUAUACGGACUAGCAUCCAUGGGGCUGCUGCUCCUUCUAUGCAACCCCAUGACAGUGUUCGCAAAGGACACACGGGAGUCGGCAGGAUCCAUCGUCACUCCCUACCUGGGGGUUCCCAGCUCUGAAGUUGACUUCCUCCACGUCAUCCCUCAGAUCUACAAGAGGAUGCAGGAGUCUCAGAAGAGCCGCCUGGAGCGGGGCAGCUGCAAGGCCACCGUUGCAGCGUACGGGCUGGGCAGUGUGUACUCAGCAGCCCUGGUCAUAGCACUCACCCUGCUGGGCUUCCUCUUGAUGCUUCUGCACAGUGAGCGGCUGAGUCUCGCCUUUGUUCUCCUCUUCCUGGAGGCCUUCGUGCUGCUGCACAUCCACAUGCGUGCCAGAGGCCUUGCUGGAGAUGCUGAGCCUUUUUCGGUGCCCUGGUACGCAGUCAUCUCCUGGCUCCUUGCUGCUUCCCAGUUCUUCUAUUCCACAGGCCACCAGCCCAUCUUCCCGGCCAUCCACUGGAAUGCAGCCUUUGUGGGCUUCCACCUUGACCACAGCACGAACCUCCUGCCUGCUGUCCUAGUGGGCGCCAACACCUUUGCCUCCCAUAUCCUCUUUGCAGUCGGCUGCCCUCUGCUCCUGCUUUGGCCCUUUGUGUGUGAGAUGCCCAGCUCGCAGAAGAGGAAGCCCAAGAAGGAGCCCCGGGAGGACCUGCAGGAGGUGGAGGAGCACAUGAUGGAGAUGAGGCUGCGGGAGUCCCCGGAGAAGUUCUCUGCUGCUCUGCUGCAGCUGGGGCUGAAGUACCUCUUUGUCCUUGGGACACAGCUUCUGGCCUGUGUUUGUGCAGCUAUGAUCCUCAGGAGGCACCUCAUGGUCUGGAAGGUCUUUGCCCCAAAGUUUCUCUUUGAGUCGCUGGGCUUCGUGGUGAGCAGCAUCUGCCUCCUGCUGGGGAUCUCCCUGGUGAUGCGUGUGGACUGUGCUGUCAGCACCUGGUUCAGCCACCUUCAGCUCAGGCAGCGCGGUUCUCGGGGCCCGGCGGAGCGGCGGCGCGGGAGGUGCGGCAACAGAGAGGGGCCUUCGGGGAGCUGCUCGUGAAGAUACGGGGGCUGCCAGCUGCCCUCCCUGCCCUGCCUUUGGAGCUUACUGUCCUCUACAACUCCUUGCUUUUUACUAUGGGAGCAUCUGAUUCUGCCAUCAAAGAAGCAGCAGAAGGAAUAUGCCAGGGCCUCCUCAGGG